GGAUAUGUACGAUGGGGCUAUGACCAAGGUAAGGACUUCGGGGGCGUCUCAGAUUCCUUCUCGGUAGGGAUGGGGUUACACCAAGGGUCUGCUCUUAGCCCUUUUUUGUUCGCCUUGGUGAUGGACGUCCUAACUCAAGGUGUUCAAGACGGGGUCCCAUGGUGCAUGCUUUUCGCGGAUGAUAUUGUGCUUAUCGACGACACGCGUGAGGGACUAAACGAUAAGUUGGAAUUAUGGCGCCUUGCCCUUGAGACUAAAGGAUUCAGAAUAAGUAGGAACAAGACUGAAUACAUGGAAUGUCGUUUCAGCGGCCGGGAUACAGAAUCAGAGGUGGAAGUCAAGAUUGACUCUCACCUAGUACCUAAGGUAGACAGGUUUCGUUAUCUUGGCUCGGUAAUUCAGGCNCAGGGGUGUUGUGUGAUCCGAAGAUUUCGCCUAGAAUGAAAGGUAAGUUCUAUCGAUCCGUAGUCAGACCUGCUAUGUUAUAUGGGGCAGAGUGUUGGGCGGUUAAGAAGACUCAUGUGCGUCGUCUGCAUGCGGCGGAGAUGCGGAUGUUACGAUGGAUGUGCGGGAAGACAAGGUUGGAUAGGAUUUCGAAUGAGGUUAUCCGACGUCAAGUAGGUAUGGCACCGGUGGAAGACAAGUUGCGGGAAGCGAGGUUGAGGUGGCUUGGCCAUGUGAGACGGCGGGAUGCUGACGCCCCUGUACGGAGAUGCGAGAGGAUUACGGUUAUCG